AUGAAAUUCUUUUACAUCCUUAACGCAUACUUAUUGACAUUCCUCACGGUCGUUCAUGCUGCUCAACACGUAACCGUGAAAGGUGGCGACGAUACGCCUUUUUUCAAUACCUUAAAGGAAGUCAGAUAUCAAGACAUCACUCAACCGGAUGCUGCUAUCGUACGUCAAGUUUAUAAUGAAACUUAUAUCAUGUAUGGUAAACAAGCUCAACUUGAAGAAGGAAUUUUAGAGCAAGAGCUUAAUCAAUUAACUCCUGAUUUAGAAAAACGCGAUUUCUUUGAGAUUUCAGUUAAAGUAGGAAGAUUUGCGUUUGGCGGGGCUCUUACAUUAGGAGAAACGAUCGGUAUUGGUGUUCUUGCUUUAGGAGUUUAUAGUGCUGUCAAAGGUAUCAAUAAGCUCACAAGCGAGACCGAAACUACGGUCAACUCUCGCAGUUCGGAAACUGUAGUCACUGAUAUUCAAUAUGAAACAGAAAGUUUACAAGCAGAACAAGGAGAUGUAAACAAUGAAGGUGGUGGUGCGGAGAAAGGAGCAAUCAAAUCCUUUAUUCAAAUGGUAAACGAUAACAAGGCUGCCGGCGGUUGUGGAAGGUUCAUUUAUUCCUCCAAUCAUUCACAAGACGGUGAUGCAAACUUUGGUGUAGUAGAAGAUGGAGUGGAUAUGAAAUGUGCCGGUGCUACCUGAGACAAUGUAUCGAAAUACAGGGUACUCUCGACCCAAUUGUAUUCAAAUCUCUCUGAAUAGUUUAUU